AUGAAGCACAAGAAGACAUCUGCAAAUGCAUCUGCUAUUCCGGAGAUGCGAGAAAUGCCGGCUACGCGAGGGUACCAGCAGGAGAUGCUUGAGGAGAGUAUGAGGAAGAAUAUCAUCAUUGCUCUGGAUACAGGCUCAGGAAAGACGCUGAUCGCUGUUCUGAGAUUGAAGUAUGAGAUAGAGAGGGAACCUGUGAAGAUCUCUUGGUUCAUUGCCCCGACGGUGGCACUCUGUGAGCAGCAGAAAUCGGUUAUCCAAACAUACCUUCCAGUUUCGGUUGGGCUCGUCUCAGGCGCAAAUGAACCUGAUCAAUGGAAGGAUGCCACACUCUGGGAGAGAGUGCUUAGCACUCAUCGAAUCAUGGUCUCGACUCCUCAGGUUUUUCUCGACGCCCUCCGGCAUGGAUAUAUAUCGUUAGGGAAGGAUAUCAGUCUAAUGGUUUUUGACGAAGCGCAUCAUGCGGUAGAUAAUCAUCCGUAUAAUCGGAUUAUGCUGGAAUUUUAUUUCGACUUGCCACCACGGAAUCCAGAUCAUCCGUCAACUAUAGAACGGCCCGCCAUUUUGGGCCUCACUGCCAGUCCCAUCUAUGGAGGGAAUGUCAUUAAAGCCUUUGAAAAAAUCGAAGGAAACCUGGACAGCACGAUUCGAGCACCGCGUAAGAAUCGAACGGAACUAGCACAAUAUGUGCAUAGGCCAAUAUUCAAGCAUGUCAUGUAUUAUCCUCCCGCUGAAAGCAACCCCUUCUUUUCAACCAACCUGGCUUCUUUAUCUGACAUCAUCCAAACAUUAGACAUUGAGAAAGACCCCUAUGUUAUUUCUCUCCGCGCACAGCUUGCAAGAAUCUCCAAAGGAUCAGCAGAAUAUCGCCGAUUAGACCAAAAACUCUCCAAGGUGAUCGAAAAGGAAAACUCGUUCACCCACAAGGGUCUGCGAGAUAUGGAACGCGCCGCGCAAGAUAUCUGCAAUGACAUCGGGCCUUGGGCAGCGGAUUGGUUCGUCUGGAAGGUCCUCCAGCGCGCAAAACAGGCUUCCAAUCCGUACGACACCAUGAUGGUCACCUGGAGACGCACAGAAAAGGCGUACCUUCUCGGCAUCCUUGAAAAAGUUGUUGCAUUGCCUGUGUCGUACUACGCUGAAGAUAUCGAAGACGACUGUUCCGACAAGGUCCGCGCCCUCAUCGAGUGCUUGUUGUUGGAGAAAGCAUCUGUCGAGUCAGAAGAUGAACAGUACAGUGGAAUCAUAUUCGUGCAGCGGCGAGAUGCUGUUUUGGCACUGGCGGAGGUACUGAAGCAUCAUCCAGCCACAAAAGACGUGUUCACAAUCGGGACGUUGCUCGGAACGUCGGAGAGCUCUCAUCGACAUUCGUUGAUGGACGUUACAAGAAAUCUUGUCAAGGAAUCACAGGACGAAAUUAUUUCGGAAUUCAAGGCUGGAGAGAAAAAUUUGAUCGUAUCAACAGCUGUUGCAGAAGAAGGUAUAGAUAUCCAGGCAUGUUGUAGUGUCAUUCGAUGGGACCCACCCCCGAACAUGGCGAGCUGGGCACAGAGUCGAGGACGAGCGCGUAAGCGUAAAAGUACUUUCACGCUCAUGUUUGAGGAGGGCAGUAAGCAACAAGGAGAUGUUGCGAAAUGGGAGGAUCUAGAACGACAAAUGGUCGCGCUAUACAACGACCCUUCACGAGAUUCUUCGUCGCCCAUGGAGGAAGAUGUCGAAGAAGAAGAAGAAGAAGACGAUGAUAUGGUUCUUCAAGUUGCAUCCACUGGUGCACUUCUGACUCUGCAUUCUGCCAUCGCUCAUUUAGCUCACUUUUGUGCUGUCAUCCCAAACACCACACACACAGAUAACCGUCCACUAUAUGAAAUCGAUCCGCCAGAAUUUGUGGAAGGCUGGCAUGCACUGCCGACUCAUUCUCGGACCAAGGAGGUAUACACUGGCCCAUAUGGGUCGAAAGUUACCCUACCUCGAACAUUGCCACUUCCUGAACGCGAAUUUAGCGUUCCACGCAUAUACAAGACCAUCAUAUCUGCACAUCGCCACGCAGCUUUCAAAGCCUACUCAUGCCUGUACGAGGCUGGAUUACUCAAUGAUAGCCUGUUGCCAAUUACAAGCGUAGUCGAGCCAGAGUUAGAGGAGGAGGUAAAGGCUAUGUUAGCAGAUGUGGAGAGGAGAGAUGGGUUUGCGAAAGUGUCGAUGAGUAUUGACCCAUGGUCUGGUCAAAAUAACACCGAUGAUCUCUGGCAUUCGUCGCAAUUGGAACUCGAAGGCCUGCCGCCCUUACUGUUGUAUACGCGUGCUGAGGUGGUUUCUUCUGCUAUUUACGGCGGCCCAACUCUCUAUCGUUCUGGACAGCCUCCCAUAAGAACAACAAUUCAAUAUUUAGGACACAUUCAAGUGAAAAAAGAAACGAUUUCUAAAGCCAGGAAUUUCACUCGGAGGGUUUUCUGGGGUCUGAAUAAUUCUCGCAUGGAUUGGGACGAUCUUGACUUUUCGUAUCUCUUUUUGCCAAUGGACGACGUUGACACGGAAUGGGAUGUUCGCCGGUCCUGGCUUUCCAGUCUUGCGAACGAGAACCCCACGAGGCACCCAUAUCGUCUCAUGGUCCACGCGGAUGAUUUUGGGGAGAAGUUUGGCUACCCUUCGGAUUUGACGUUGGUUCAUCGGCAUAUGGGUAUGGGGAGGCCUUUCAAAUUUAUUAGAUGGCAAUACGAACGAGUGUCAGAAGAGGAAGAAGAAGCAAUCAUCGAGCGGUACAGUAAGGUCCAGGAUGUGGUGCAGGUCACAUACCCCUUACUCGUCGUGCAGCAAUACCCGGCGAGAACCAACUUUUUGAUACCCAUAGUUCCUAAACCAGCAUCAGGGGAGCCAGCUUCGGAUCCACCACCGUUGAUCUUCCUCCUUCCGAGAUUUUCAGGAGUGGUUUUGCUGUCAUCAGAGGAGACCGAGUAUUCGUUCCUUUUGCCUUCUGUUCUUCGUUCCCUGUCAAUGACGAUGACUGCGAACUCCAUGUGCAAGACGUUGUUCCGGGAGACGCCACUGUCAUCUAUCUCUCUUUCCUUGCUUACUACUGCUAUCACCGCACCUUCUUCUGGUGAAAAGUUCAAUUAUCAACGUAUGGAAACAUUAGGGGAUACAGUGGUCAAGUUUAUGGUUGGGGUGCAACUCAUGGCUGAAUAUCCACUGUGGCAUGAAGGAUACCUGACGAGAAAGAAGGACCACUCCGUGUCCAACGUACGUCUCGCAAAAGAGGACAUUGCGAGAGGUGUUUUUAGGUGGAUCAUUCGAGACAUUAUGCUUGGCAAGAAGUGGAAACCGAAGUAUUUCACCACUAUCAAAGGAGCUAUCGCCGAUGCUACCUCGCCCCUUACGGAAAAUGCCAGUGAGACAGGGACACCAGCACCAGAAGGAAAGAAACCAGACAAUGACAAGUCAAAGAAGAAGAAGUCGAAAAAGCCACAGCAGCUAUCGACUAAAGUGCUAGCCGAUGUUGUUGAGUCUGUCAUAGGAGCGGCUUACCUUCAUGGAGGAUUUGAAUUAGGCUACGAAUGCGUCAAGUUCUUCAAUUUGGGGUUAAAAUGGGAACCCGUCUCGACCCGCAUCGCGCAGAUCCUAUCACGAGUCCAAUCACUGACGCCUGAAGAAACGGAAAAUCUCCCACCCCAAUUGGCAGACGUCGAAACCAUGCUCGGAUACACGUUCCAGCGCAAGCUCCUUUUGAUCGAAGCCCUGACUCACGCAAGCUACCAGCACGACAGUCGCACACCAUCCUACGAACGGAUGGAGUUUCUCGGGGACUCGGUGCUUGAUAUGAUUGUGACCAACUAUUUGUAUCAUGCCCCAGGGAAGAACUACAGCCCUGGACAUCUUCAUUUGCGAAAAUCUGCGGUUGUAAAUGGUCACAUUCUUUCGUAUGUAUGUCUGAAAACGUCUAUCAGGGUGGAGGCGGAUAUGCCCCGGCCGAAUGCUGAUGGGAGGAUCGAAGUGUCGAGGGAGGGUCAGGACAUUCAUUUGUGGAAGUGUCUCCUUCAUUCGAGCCCGAAAGUCAUGGAAGAUCAGCUGAACGCGUCAACACGGUAUCGGAAGUGCAAGGAUGAGAUAGAAGAGAGUCUCAUGACGGGAACGGUCUUUCCCUGGGCGGCUCUCACGAAACUGCAGGCUCCCAAAUUCUUCAGCGAUAUGAUCGAGAGUCUCAUCGGUGCCAUAUUCCUAGAUUCGAACGGCUCGGUCGACAUUGUACAUCAGGUUCUUACCAAGCUCGGAAUCAUACCACUUUUGGAAUAUAUCGUAAAAAAUGACGUCGAUAUAUUGCAUCCUGUUUCCCGACUUUCAUUAUGGGCGCAAAAGCACGACAAGACCAUCGAGUAUGUGAUCGAGAGAGGUGGUGGCAAGGUCACCUGCGCUGUCCUGGUGGACGACAAAGAAGAGGCGAAGGCUGAAUCGCAGUGGAGAGGUAAACCUAGUCAAGAAGAGGUCAAAUUUGCUGUCGCGGAAAUGGCGAUCAAGGCGUUCAAGUUGCGGGAUGUUGGUGUCAAUUACGAGACACUGAAAAAGAAGGGAUCGAAGCCGAAAAAGAAAAAGGAUGUUGGUGGAAAGUGA